AUGUUGAGACGGAGAGCAGCACUAAACACAGCACCAGGGCAGAAAAGAAGCUCAGAUGGAGGUCCUGUGACUCAUGUUCUUGGGGAAAGCUAUAAGGAUGACAGAGAAGCAUUGCUGGAGGAAGAAGUACUUGGUACUGAGGAGAAUGUGAUCAACGAUCUGCCUAGGUUUGGCAGUGAAGACAGAAAAGUGAAAAAGAAAAAAAGACACUCUGAAGAACAAGAGAAGAAAUGGGAAGAUUCAGAUGAUGAACAUGCGGCAGAGUUUGAUACAAUAAACCCAUCAUGGGCCGGAAAAUUUGAUGAUGAGAAAUCAGAAGACAGUGAUGAGGAAGCAUUGAAAGCUCACAGCCAUAACAUUCUAGCAACCUCAGUCACACUUCCCUCUACUUCUCUGGACUUCAAAAGGGUCACAGAUGGAAACAAAGAGGAUCCCAGCAAGUCCAGUCUGUGGAGUGUGGAGUUUCAUCCGAAAGCAACAGUUUUGCUUACUGGAGGACCAGAUAACACAGUUCGUCUUUUUGCUGUCGACGGCAGCAAGAACAGAAAAAUACAUAGCAUGUUCUUUGAAAGGACGCCAGUGUUCUGCACUCACUUCAGUCGAGGAGGCAGUGAAAUCAUCGUUGGAUCAAAGCACAAAAGUUUCUAUGUUUAUGACAUGGAGGGAGACAGUGGAGUCACAUUCAGGCCUAAACUGAAAGGACUGGAUGUUACAGCGAUGUCCAAGUUUGUGGUCUCGCCCGACAACAGGUUUAUCGCUUUUCUUGGCACGUAUGGAUACAUACAUCUGUUUUCUCAAACGAGCAAGGAACUGAUUGACUCUGUCAAGAUGAAUGGGGAGGUUUGCAGUGUGUCAUUCUCUAAUGACGGCAAGUUUAUGUACACAUUUGGAAGUGAAGGUCAUGUGUACAUCUGGGACAUGGACACCAGAGACUGUGUUCAUCACUUCAGUGACGAGGGCUGCAUCAAUGGAACCAGUGUCACUGUCUCACCAGACGACAAGUAUAUAGUUUGUGGAUCAAAGAGUGGCAUAGUCAGCAUUUAUGACAGGGAGACAGCCAUGUUGUCAAGAAUGCCCAAGCCACUGAAACAUGUCAAGAACUUGACCACCAAGUGUUCAGGGCUCUUGUUCAAUUCCCAGUCUGAGAUUCUGGCAAUAAGAUCCAAAGAUGUUGAGAAAGCCAUCAGACUGGUCCAUUUUCCAUCGAUGACAGUGUUGCCAAAUUUUCCUGAGCAUUUUGACAAUGAUUUGAAGAUGUUGAUGUGUAUGGACUUUUCCCCAUCCAGUGGCUACCUGGCACUUGGCAACAACAAAGGACGUUGUUUAUUGUACAGAUUGCACCAUUACACAAAGUACUAG